GGGAUCAUACAUUAACUCCUGCUGGCUGCGGGGGACUCUCCACUUGAUAGAAGCGAACGCGGAGAGGAUGCUCUCAGAACAACACUGAGGAACCAACACAUGAAUCGCAACGGAAAUCUCACUUAAUUCUCUUCUUGUGGCUUCUUCUUGUUUUCCAGGGGGAUUGUUUGUUUUACGCAGCGCAAAGAGAGUGGAAAGCAAACGCUGCAGAGAUGAGUGUCGCGUGGUUUUACAUGCUCCUGAAGGAUCCCCUCUCCUGAUACAGGGACCAAAGAGGACGAAACAAGGCUGCCCAUGAUAUUCCCCAAAAGAAGAACGCAAAGGUGGAGCGAUUAGAGAAGGGCUGAUGACGGGACUAUUAAUCCUUUCAGUGCAUCCAAAGCACCAAAGGGUAUUGGAAUCGUUUGGAUGGAAAUCGGGCGAGUGUUUAGAACUGUUUCUGGUUUUAUAUGAAACUGGUGAUUAAUUGUUGUGGCACAUCUGCAAGGAAUUUUUUUUUUUUUAAUUCUCACUGCCUCUUUUCUUUUUUGUCCUCUUCCACCGAAAGGUUUUUAUGGUAUGAGCGGCUCCCCGCUGUGAAUUUCCCAGAAACUCAUCUCAAUCUUUAUUUAUUUUUUUCUCUUUUCCAGUAUUCCUAAAUCUAAAUGGAAUUAGUUGAGCCUGAAGCCGUUUGUGAAAGGAACAGACAUGGUACAUGGGCACAGCUUCCAUCACGUAGUUGCAAGUCUUCUCAUACUUGGGUUGUCUGGGGCAACAAAGAAGGAUACAGCAGCAAAGAACAAUUCUGGAGUGAAGCCUGCAGGUCAAUGUGGAACUUGGGUGAAAGAACCAGACGGAGGGAUCUUCACUUCUCCCAACUUCCCGAACAAAUACCCCCCAGACACCGAGUGUGUUUACAUCCUUGAAGCACCCCCGAGGCAGUGUAUCGAUCUGCAUUUUGAGGAGAAUUACUCGAUCGAGUCCUCUUGGGAAUGUAAAUUUGACAACAUCGAGGUUCGGGAUGGACCCUUUGGCUUCUCCCCAAUACUCGGACGCUACUGCGGUCAGCACAGCCCGCCUGAUAUCAGGAGUAGUGGCCGAUAUCUGUGGAUAAAAUUUGUUACCGAUGGAGAACUGGAAGCGGUGGGAUUUUCAGCAAGUUACAACUUCACUGCAGAUCCGGACUUUGCAGACCUGGGAGUUCCCCCACCUCUACCCUCCUGUCAGUAUGACAUGGUUGGUCCAGAAGGUAUCGUGGAGUCUCAUCAGAUCACCAGAGACGGGAAGGCUGGCGCUACCGAGGCCGUCGACUGCAAAUGGUACAUCCGUGCUCCGCCACGCUCCAAGAUCUACCUGCGUUUCCUCGACUAUGAGAUGGCCAAUUCCAACGAGUGCAAGCGCAACUUUGUGGCAGUGUACGAUGGCGGCAGCUCGGUGGAAGACCUCAAGAGCAAGUACUGCUCCACAGUGGCCAACGACAUCAUGCUGGUUUCCACGCUGGGCGUCAUCCGCAUGUGGGCGGACGAGAACAGCCGCAAGAGCCGCUUCCGCAUCCUUUUCACAACCUACCAAGAACCUCCUUGUGAUGCAGAUGCCUUCUUCUGUCACAGCAACAUGUGCAUAAACAACACACUGGUGUGUAACGGCAUGCAGAACUGUGUCUACCCCUGGGACGAGAACCAGUGUAAAGAGAAAAGAAAAGCCAACAUCCUCGACAACCUGAACAACACAAACGGGACCAUCAUCGGUGUCACCUGUUGCAUCGUCCUCAUCCUCCUCAUCGUCUCCGUCAUCGUCCAGAUCAAGCAGCCACGUAAGAAGUACAUCCUGCGGCGUGAGGACUUUGACCCCACCAUGUUCCAGGAGGUGUUUGAGCCGCCUCACUACGAGCUGUGUACAUUACGGAGUGCCACCGCAGCCGCAGCGGCAUCAGCAGACUUAGUCGACCUGGCGGAAGACUUUGAGAACUACCACGCCCUUCGCCGUGCCUCCUCGCGCUGCAUCCACGACCACCACUGUGGGUCCACCUCCAACCCCGGCUCCGCCCACUUAUCCCAGCUGUCACUGAGUGGACGAGGAAGCCGCGGGAACUUGAGCGGCCGCGACGGAGCCACCCUGCUCACGGACCUUCCACAGCCGCCCAUGGCAGUGCGGCCAUUGCUGCCGGCCACGGCAAACCGCAGGAGCAUCUUGGUCAUGAAGCACAGCUACUCACAGGAGGCGGCGGACAAUGGAUGUGACCUGGACGACGACCUGGAAGAAGUUCCCACCACCAGCCACCGGCUUUCACGCCAUGAAAAGGCAGUACAGCGGUUCUGCCUCAUUGGCUCUUUGAGCAAACAUGAAUCAGAGUACAACACAACUAGGGUCUAAGAGACAAUCUCAAGACUUCUUGAGAAUAGUGAAAUCCUGGAUCAAUACGAACGGGCGUCACUGACAUAUGAAAGAGCGGAGCGGAGAUUUACACCAGCAUGAUGCUGAUGAUGAUGAUGAAGGGACACUGUGACGACUGAAUGUGUGUCCAUGUGCAAAGACGAACACAAGGGACAGCCGCGACGCUGUUAAGCUCAGCUCUGUGCUCUACGUACUGUAGGCAGUCCAGAUUCUUUUUGUCCUGCUGGUAUAAUAUGGACCUUUACGACGAAAGUGAUUAUUGACAUUUAAAUUUGGGACGUUAGUCAGGAUCAUAUCUGUCAUUGUCCUCGCUGAUAGCAAAAUUAAUGUGGUCAAACAUCUUCAAGUUCAUUUCUAUGCAUGUCUUUUUCAAAUGAGUCGCAUACAUGUUUUGAUUUUGAAAGCAAAUUAUAGAGGUAAGAUUUACAUUGUUAGAGAAAAUUGGAAUUAAACUAAAUAAAUGACUAACCUAAUUAGAUUUUAAUAUUGUUGUAAUAACCAGACACAGUUUAAUUUGAAUAACUAUUUGAGGUCCAGUUGGAUGGCUUGUGCAUGCUUCUUUGAUAUCCAUUUAAACAGUAACAUACUAAGAAUAACAUAUGAAAGGCCCCCAUCCACUAAUACAUAAAUCAUAUGGGCAUUAGAAGUGGUUAAAAUAAAGCAUCUUUAAAAUGUAUUAAUUGCAACGCAUGCAGUCGCUUUGCUAAAUCAUUAGAUUAAUAAGAUAAUUGAGCAAAUAAAUAUCAUUGUUUUCAUUUUAAUUCAAAUUCCCUUUUACUAUUAUCCACUAACUUUCUGACAGCAGCUUCAUUUUGGCAAAGAACAGAUUUUUGUUUCUUUGUUUGUCAUCUAACUCUUCUACUGUCAGAGCUUAAUAUCUUUGUAUUGAAACAGAUUUUUAUACUAGGGCAGAUUGAACAGAUGACACUUUUUACAGGUACUCAAACUAUCUUUCAGGGCUGAUUUUAUUGAUGCUUUGUAAAAAAAUAAAUAACAAUAAAGCUUCAUCUUUUUCCUUUGUGUUAUUGGCUUUUGGUCAGAAGUUUCUCUGUCCCAUUAGCGUGUCCUCAAACUGUCAGCAACACGCCAUCCACGUCUCCCAGUCAUGCUAUUUUUCAGAUGUUGGUCAAUUUAUUGUGGCUGAUUUGCUUUAGAGGAAAAACAGAACCAAACCAAAAUGAUUAGCUUCAUGAUACAGGACAAUAAAAUUAAUUCUAGACAAAUUAAAUAAUCCCAGGUUACUGACAGACAAGUUAAAUUACAUUUCCUGUCUGUCCUGAUGAGAUUAACUCUAUAUAUUUACUGCAAAGGGGAAGAAUUAGCCCUAUUUUCCAAUUAAUACUCACUGCUUGCAGGCUGGUUUUGUAGGAAGGAAGAGUUUAAAAAAACAACCUGCAUUUUGUGAAAAGUUAGAAAAGUAGAUCAGCUCUGAGCACAGGGACAUAAAAACAUGUGAUUCAUUCACACUUGCAUAUGACACGUUUAUUUUUCUUCUGCUGUCAUUGUCAAAGUACCUGUUCUUUUUCUUCUCACUGUGUAAAUGUUGUAUUUUCCAUUAUGUGCACGUUAUUUUCUGUAUUCAGUGUAAAGUAUGCUUUCUUUACGUCCAUGCAUUCCAAUUUGUUUUCCUUCCAUUACCACCCGAUCAUACACGGACUCAUGUUCCUGCAGAUUCCGAAUAAAAUCGUUCUUUUCUUUUCUACACAAA